AUGGGUAUCAAGAGCUACAGACUAAAAGCUGUUUACCUCGCCACUGGCAUCAUCUGGAUAUUUCUUUUACAAUAUCUUAAAAACUCCAUUGCGUCCUGGAAGUCAUUGUCUGCAAUUCAUCAACAAGACAAUCAGUCAACAAGAAAUACAAAAAAUUCUCGAAAUGCUUUGGCCAGCAAGAUUGACAUACAUGUGAAAAAUAUUUAUUUCUAUAAUCCCCGGUUUUUUAAUGCAUUUGGUGAUUGGAUUUUAGACACAUGGGGAACAGCUAAGAAAUUUGAAGGUUGUCCUGUAUCUGAUUGUAUUGUAACCAAGGGAAACAUUACAAUGGACAAAAUAGAUGCCAUUAUAUUUAAGCCAAGAGAUAUGGACAAAUGCCCGUCAAGCAAACCGCCCGGACAAGUGUGGAUAUUUGCUGAAUUCGAGAGCCCUAGCUAUUAUUUUAAAACGAAAUGUUUUCAUGAUCUAAAGAAUAAAGUGAAUUGGACAAUGACAUAUCGGCGAGAUGCAGACUUUACUCUUGAGCAUGGCUACUUCAGAAAAGGAAAUAAACCCAAAUACAGCAACAAGAAACUGGACGACAUUUUUGCAAGGAAAAACAAGACGGCAGUGGUUUUCAUUAGCCAUUGUCCAGUAAAAAGUGAAAGAUUAAAAUUUGUCGAACUCCUGCAGUCCCAUGGUAUACAAGUUGACGUCUUUGGCUCAUGUGGAACAAUAUUGAAAGAUUGUGAUAAUAAACUUCGCUACCAAGCAGGUUUCAACAUAUCAGGGAUUCUUAAACCUGAUUGUUUCAUUUCUGUUCUACCACAAUAUAAGUUUUUCCUUUCGUUUGAAAAUUCUCUUUGUUUGGAUUACACGACAGAAAAAUCUCAACAUCGCGUUAUGCAACAUCCGAUCAUACCAGUAAUACGCGAUGGCAGUAACACAUCCAUGUUACAUCCUCCUCAUUCCUACCUAAACACAGACGAUUACAAAUCUGUUAAAGAGCUUGCUGAGCAUAUGAAGAUGUUGGCUGACAACAAGACAGCUUACUUGGAAUAUUUCAAAUGGAAACAGCAUUACUAUUCUGAGGAUAUGUACUUGGAAUGGAACGCAGCAUUUUGCAGGAUAUGUGAAAGACUUCACAAUCCGGAAAAUUAUAGACGCAUGUAUGGUAACAUUGCAGCUUGGCACAUUUCACCAAGAGGAAAAAAUGCGUGUUACAAUGUUACAGAUCUCAAUCCAUGA